ACAGCUUUAGAAAUAAGUGCCUUGUAGUUUUCAGAUUCUUUUCCAGAUAUCGAAUGAACUCACACAGCCACAUUGCAAACACAGAUCUGGUUGGUCUAUUGACUCAUACACUAGGUACAGGUAUUACUGUGUGAUACGAAGACUCAUUUUCAAAUUGAUCUUCAAACUUCCUAAUAUUGUGCUUCAUAUAAUUUAUUUGUUCUCACCGAAGCAAGAACUACAACACUUUGAACUGAAUUUAUCAGAAUACUGGAUGAAACUUUUUUUUGUUUCCAAAGAGCACACAUUGGAAAGUUAAGCAUUGAGUGUACAAGAAAGGUUAUAAUUUGGUAAAUGGAAAAGAAUAUGCAAGAUUAUGGUGAAGCAACUGAUUUUCUGGGAGAGUGGGGACCCUUCCAGAAAACUGUUUUCCUUUUGUUAAGUGUGACCAUCAUCCCAAAUGGUUAUGUGGGUCUGUCCAUGGUGUUUCUGGCAGACAUCCCUCAGCAUCACUGCCGUCUGCCUAACUCUCUGAACGGAACCACUGGAGAAGCCAAUCUGAGUUCACUGCUGCCUGUAGAGGAGGUGGAUGGUGAGAUGAUCUACAGUCAAUGUAGAAGAUACAAAACUCCUGUAACAGACGGUUUAAAUGACACAACACGUGAGACUGAGCCCUGUGUGGAUGGCUGGGAGUACAGCACUGACAGGUACAUCUCUACUAUUGUCUCUCAGUGGGACCUGGUCUGUAAUGAUGACUGGAAAAUACCAGUGCCCAUAUCCUUGCGUUUCUUUGGGAAUCUAUGUGGAUCACUAUUGGCAGGACAUUUAUCAGACAGGUAUGGAAGAAAAAUCGUUCUCUUUGGAGGCAUUGCAAUACAGACAAUCUUAAGUUUAAGCCAAGCAGCCGUACAGAGCUGGGAGAUGUUUUGUGUAUUGUGUUUUUUAAUUGGGGUUGGAGAUGUCUCAAAUUAUACAACCUCUUUUGUUUUAGGAGUGGAGUUGUUUACCAAAUCUGUGAGAACCGCUUACACCUCAAUUGGAAUCUGCUUUUUUUUUGCCUUGGGGUAUGCCAUUCUGCCUCUGAUCGCAUAUUUCGUCCGAGAUUGGCGAAUGUUAAUAUUGGCUUUGUUCCUGCCAGAACUUCUGUGUUUUCCUUUGUGGUGGUUUAUACCUGAGUCUCCCAGGUGGCUGCUGUCUCAAGGUCGAGUGGAAGAAGCAGAAGCCAUUGUGAAAGCUGCUGCUAAGAAAAAUGGCAUUAAACACGUUGGGGAGAUAUUUCAGCGUAGCGGUAACACUGAAUAUCUGGUUGAGCAAUCCCUGAAUAAAGUAAAAAAUACCAACGGUGUCUUGGAUUUAGUUAGAAAUUCCAAAUUGAGGAACAUCACAAUCUUAAAUUGUUGUAUAUGGAUGAUUACAGCCAUCAGUUACUAUGGCUUAACGCUCAACACUUCUAACCUGCAUGGAAACCCUUACAUUAACUGUUUCAUCUCUGCAUUUACUGAUAUGAUAGCAUAUAUCAUUUCAUGGAGGUUGAUGCUUAUUGCACCUAGACGAAUCUCCACAGCUUCUAUGCUGUUCAUUGGUGGUACUGUUCUGCUCUUGGUUCAAAUUGUUCCACCAAGUUUUCAUAUUCUGUCCAUGAUCUUGGUGAUGAUUGGUAAAUCUGGCAUCUCAGUAAGCUACGCUUUAAUCUACAUUUUUGCUGCUGAGCUAUAUCCAACCGUGGUGAGGAACACAGGGCUUGGAGCAUCGUGUAUGGCAUCCAGAGCUGCUACGAUUUUUGCCCCAUAUUUUGUUUAUAUUGGAAUGCAUAAUAAAUUUCUACCGCUCAUAUUAAUGGGCAUCUUGUCAAUAAUAGCAGGACUUUGCUGCUUAAUCCUACCUGAUACGCAUCACCAAAAGUUUCCGGACACAAUUGAGCAGACUCAGCCAGUCAAUUGCUUCUGGCCAUUUAUCUUAAUGUGUCGUCAGAAGUCCCCUACCACAUCUGAAUCCAAGGAAAGGCAAAGUGAAAAUGGCAAUAUUGUUUUGCAGUCUUCCGCAGCUGUCCCAUGUGUUGAGGACAUCCCCAGCUAGUCCACAUAUCCAAUUGGAAACGGAGAUGAGAACUAUCAUCACCAUCCCAGACAACUAUGAGAAACUAAAAAGUAACA